UUGAGAACAGCUGAUUUCAUGGAACUUGGGUUUGUAGAUUUUUUUUUAAUAGAGAUAGGUGAAAAUAAAAUAGCCUAAAUUAUUUAGAAUUACUUGGUUUUUGGUGAGUAAUAUAGUCACAUGGUUCAAAGUUUAAAAGCACGAGAAGGCAUACAGUGACAGUCUUGUUCUCGCUUCGGCAGUUCACCCACCCAGUUCUCCUGUCUCUGCGGACACCUCCCAUGCCUGUGCAACCACUGUUGGUUUCUUUGGAAUUCUUCCAGAGUUUCUUGGGAAGCUACUUUGCCAGCCACUUCAUCAUGGGAGGAGAGAAGUUUGACUCCACUCACCCCGAAGGUUACUUGUUCGGAGAGAACAGCGAUCUGAACUUCCUGGGGAACAGACCAGUGGUGUUUCCUUAUGCUGCCCCACCUCCCCAAGAACCAGUGAAGACUCUGAGAAGCCUGAUCAACAUUCGAAAGGACACGCUAAGACUCGUCAAAUGCGCUGAGGAAGUGAAGGCCCCCGGAGAAGAGGCCAGCAGAGCCAAAGUCCACUACAACGUGGAGUUCACCUUUGACACUGACGCUCGUGUGGCCAUCACCAUCUAUUAUCAGGCCACUGAAGAGUUCCAGAAUGGUAUUGCCAGCUACAUCCCCAAAGACAACAGCCUACAGUCGGAGACGGUGCACUACAAGCGAGGCGUGUGCCAGCAGUUCUGCCUGCCCUCCCACACCGUGGACCCCUCCGACUGGGCGGAGGAGGAGCUUGGCUUCGAUCUGGACAGAGAAGUUUAUCCGUUAGUGGUCCACGCUGUGGUGGAUGAAGGAGACGAGUAUUUUGGCCAUUGCCAUGUACUGCUGGGCACUUUUGAAAAGCACACGGAUGGAACUUUCUGUGUCAAGCCCCUCAAACAGAAACAAGUCGUAGAUGGGGUCAGCUACCUCCUUCAGGAGAUCUAUGGAAUUGAAAACAAGUACAACACGCAAGAUUCAAAGGUGGCUGAGGAUGAAGUGAGCGAUAACAGUGCCGAGUGUGUGGUGUGCCUGUCGGAUGUCCGGGACACCUUGAUCCUGCCGUGUCGCCACCUCUGCCUGUGUAACACCUGUGCAGACACCCUGCGCUACCAGGCCAACAACUGCCCCAUCUGCCGCCUGCCCUUCCGGGCAUUGCUGCAGAUCCGAGCCAUGAGGAAAAAACUGGGCCCCUUGUCCCCAACCAGCUUUAACCCCAUCAUCUCCUCCCAGACGUCUGACUCGGAGGAGCAUUCGUCCUCAGAGAACAUUCCUCCAGGCUAUGAAGUGGUGUCUCUUCUGGAGGCCCUCAACGGGCCCCUCACCCCGUCCCCUGCGAUCCCUCCACUCCACGUGCUUGGAGAUGGCCACCUCUCAGGAAUCCUGCCUUCCUAUGGCAGCGACGGCCACCUGCCCCCUGUCCGGACGCUCUCCCCGCUCGACCGCCUGUCUGACUGCAGCAGCCAAGGACUCAAGCUCAAAAAGAGUCUCUCCAAAUCCGUCUCCCAGAAUUCUUCUGUGUUGCAUGAAGAGGAAGAUGAGCUUUCUUGCAGUGAAUCUGAGACGCAGCUCUCCCAGAGGCCCUCAGCUCAGCAGCUGGGAGAGGAAUGUGGUGUAACUCCAGAAAGUGAGAAUCUUACCCUGUCGUCGUCAGGAGCUGUUGGCCAGUCGUCUUGCACAGAGACGCCUCUCUCUUCCACAAUUUCCUCCCCGGAAGACCCCGCCAGCAGCAGCCUGGCCCAGUCGGUCAUGUCCAUGGUGUCCUCCCAGAGCCAGCACUCCCAGAUCAGCACCGACACGGUCUCCUCCAUGUCCGGCUCCUACAUCGCGCCUGGCACUGAAGAGGAGGGCGAGGCUCUCCCUUCCCCCCAGGCCGCCAGCGAGGCCCCUUCAGAAGAAGGAGAGAUGAUGCCAGCAGCAUCUCCAGACAGCAACUCCGUCAGCCUCGCUGAAGGGCAGGAUGCAGAGGGAAAUGAUGUUAUAGAGGAAGAGGAUGGAUCACCCACGCAAGAAGAUGGCCAGAGGACAUGCGCAUUUCUAGGUAUGGAGUGUGACAAUAACAAUGACUUUGACAUCGCAAGCGUGAAAGCACUGGACAAUAAGCUGUGCUCUGAGGUCUGCUUACCCGGUUCCUGGCAGGCCGAUAACAACGUCAGUCGUCGGAACACGCAGCACCGGCGCUUGUCAUCCGGCAGCCUGGAAGACCCUGAGAGCAGGCCCUGUGUGUGGGGCCCUUUGGCCAUCUGAGAGCCCAGCCCCUGUACCAGGACUCCUCUCCGUCCUCGCCUUCCGUCCUGGCCUCCCGGGACCACUGGCCUCCUGGGCAUCCUCAGCAAGACACAGGGAGACUUUUCAUAUCCACGUGAAAGCUGGAUGUUGAGGUCACUUGCUCCUUCUCCCAGCCUCGUCUCCUUCUAUACCCCUGCUCCUUCCCCUCCCAGAAGGGACUGGAAGCCUCCUUGCUCCUUGUGGUCUAAAGUCACUUGAUGAACUGCGGCUCUUGAGACCCUUUGCUGAGACCCUCUGGAAUAUUUCCACCGUAUCUUGGUCUUCAGGUGGAGCCAUGGUCCACAGGCUGGUUGUUUCUUGUGCGUCUUUUUGCUCCUUUAGAAGGUAGACCAAGAAGAUUUGGAGUUUUGACAGCUUCGUUGCAAACACCCAUCUGGCAUUUUCACGUCUCUGGGGCAUCGUGACCAAUUUGAAACGUCUGACUUGGGGUGGGGUUGGGGGAUGACUUCUGUGAGAAGGGAAAGCCAUAUUUCACUCUAAGUGGAAUUUCCCUCAAAAAGCAUUAGGAGCUCCCUUCUCAAGGACGAGAAACAGCGGCAACAAAGAUUGGUUGAAAAAACAGUUCUUGCUUCUGCUA